UGCCUUAUCUGACAAUGUCACUAUAUUAUUCAAGACAACUUCACGUGAUAGCGUACCGUACCACCUGAUAGUUAAAGUUCCUAGGAUUAUAAUUAAUAAGUAGUUGGUGAGCGUGAUUAAUGAGGCACGUUCGUUUUAUAAACAAAAGACAAGAACGAGUUCUGCGUGAAGUUCAUUUGCGUUAUUUUAAACAUUAAUUAAAAAUACACAAAUUAUAAAAGUCAACGAGUUAGUAGUACACUUGAUUAUUAACAUGAUCUGAUAGUAUUUAUAGAUAAAUAGUAUUUCGGAGUACAUUACUCUAAAGGUUGCAAAUACAAAUUUACCAUUUCAGUAUUAUAAUUUUAAAAAAUAUUACAUGGUCAUGUGUUAAAAGUGUAAUAAACUAAAUAUUAAAUAAAUUUAUAACAUAUAUAGAAAGAUGGGAGUUGGUAAAAGUCAGUUUACAGAAGAAGAAUUGCAGGAUUAUCAAGAUUUAACAUAUUUUACGAAAAAGGAAGUUUUGCAUGCACAUCAAAAGUUCAAAGCUCUUGCUCCAGAAAAAGUGGGUCACAACAGAAAUGCAAAACUUCCAAUGUCAAAAAUUUUACAGUAUCCUGAAUUAAGAGCAAACCCGUUUGGAGAUAGAAUUUGCAAAGUUUUUAGUUCUAGCCAAGAUGGAGAUUGUACUUUCGAAGAUUUUCUUGAUAUGAUGUCAGUUUUCAGCGAUGCAGCUCCAAAAGCUGUUAAGGCAGAACAUGCUUUUAGAAUAUUUGAUUUUGAUGGGGACGAUAUGCUUGGUAUCGGCGAUUUAAGACAAGUGGUAGACAGACUUACUAUUCCUCAAAGACUAAAUGAAACAAAUAUGCAGCAGGUCCUUCAGUAUAUACUCGACGAAGCAGAUUUAGACGAUGAUGGAGCACUAAGUUUUGCAGAAUUUGAACAUAUUAUUGAAAAGAGCAGUGACUUUUCUAAGAGUUUUUGUAUACGUUUAUGAAACAGAAAACAUUAAUACUUCAUACAAAAAGUCAAUCUAAGAUUGUACAUCGUACGAAUUUAAAAACAGUUCAUGUAGUUAAUAGGCCUAAUUAUUUAUACUAUAUACUUAACGAAGAACUUUGUAAGUUAAAAAUUGUAUAAAUCUUUUGUUGAGA